CUUGUGUCUAUAUAUAUACUUUAUUUAGCCGUACACGGCAUUUGCGCGUGUUUAGAAAACGAAAAGCAAAACGGAACUACAAAAGAAACGAAUAGAAAAAUAAGGCAAUUGAAAAGCAAAAUAAAUGCAAAAGAAAUUAUAGAUCACGUACACAUACUUUUCUCGUAAUCAUCUCGAUUACGAACGCCUACAAUCUGACACUUACAUUAUAUAGAAGUACAACAACAUUUGAGGCGUUAAAUAAUUUGAAAAAUUCCAAAAAGUAAAGGCACAAAACAAAAACGUCACCAUUGACAUUUGUAAUGUGACAAUGGCCCAGUCGGGUGAAGUGAAUGAAGAGAUAUAUGAUCACCGUAUACUUAAGGAUUGGUCCAAUGUGAAUAAAACCAAUGGCACAAUGCAUCUAUCCAAGGAUAUGAUAUUCAACGAUGGUCAUCGCCUCUCCAUAACAGUCUAUAGCAUUCUCUUUGUGAUCUCAACAAUUGGCAACACAACUGUGCUGUAUCUACUAACGAAACGACGAUUGCGAUGUCCCUUACGCAUCGAUAUCAUGCUAAUGCAUUUGGCCAUUGCCGAUCUAAUGGUGACGUUCCUACUGAUGCCGCUGGAGAUUGCGUGGGCCUGGACAGUCCAAUGGCGCUCCACGGAUCUGAUGUGCCGUCUCAUGAGUUUCUUUCGUGUGUUCGGUCUGUACUUGUCGAGCUUUGUCAUGGUGUGCAUAUCGUUAGACAGAUAUUAUGCCAUCCUAAAGCCGCUGCAGCGUUCCUAUAAUCGUGGACGCAUAAUGCUGGCCUGUGCCUGGUUGGGCUCAGCAGUUUGUAGUAUCCCGCAGGCCUUUCUCUUCCAUCUGGAGGAACAUCCCACCGUUAAAGGCUACUUUCAGUGUGUCACCUUUCAUUCGUUUGUGAGCGACUUUGACAACUGGCUAUAUCAGAUAGCCACAAUGUGUGCCAUGUAUGCCUUUCCCCUGAUCGUUUUCAUUUACUGCUAUGGCGCCAUCUAUGUGGAGAUCUAUCGCAAGAGCAAGCGUGUCCUCAAGGAUGUGGUGGCCGAACGUUUUCGCCGCUCCAACGAUGAUGUCCUGAGUCGGGCCAAAAAGCGUACCCUAAAGAUGACCAUAUCAAUUGUGAUUGUAUUCAUUAUCUGCUGGACACCCUACUAUACCAUAUGCAUGUGGUAUUCAUGGGACAAAUCGUCAGUGGGUCAGGUUAAUUCAUUGGUACGCAAAGCCUUGUAUAUAUUUGCUUCGACAAAUUCCUGCAUGAAUCCAUUGGUCUAUGGUCUAUAUAACAUACGAGGCAGAAUGAACAACAACAACAAUUCGGUGAAUAAUCGGCAUACCUCACUCUCAAACCGUUUGGACUCAUCCAAUCAGCUGCUUCAGAAGCCAGUCAACAAUGCCUUACCCAACGGUCAUGGCAAUGUCAUGGCCGCUGCCGUGGCGGCCACAACAAAGUUGGCCCGUGUGGUGCGCCUAAAGUCAAAUAGCACUGCAAAUGGCGCUGCUGGUGAUUCCCCACACUCGCAACAUCCCACGGCAGUCAACGGUGGGGCCACAGCUCCCCUGGCCAGUGAGUGCGAUGACGAUGCUAAUGACGAUUCCACUGUCAGCGUUGUCACCAUCAAGUACCAAGCGGCUGAGAAGGAGAAGCCCAAGUCGCCCAUCAUCUACUUGAAUUGUGGCGACUCUAUGGAACUGACAAAAAUGGAUAAAUCAUAGACAAGAGCAGCAACAAAGACGACCAAACUGAUCAAUUAAGAUCUCCGAGCUACCGUUUAUCUAUCAGAAAUUUCGCCUCACCCCAAAAACCUAAACAGGAAAACUGAAAUCAAACCGCGGCUUGGAACAAAAGGCAUUUAAUUUGCUGGCCAGUUUGGGUUAGAAAAUUUAUUUGUAAAACAAAAACAAAGAAAAAGAUCGAGAGACAACUUCAAAAAUAUGUGUAUGUAUUUGUGUUUUUGAUCUGAUCCGUUUAGUUUUUCAAUAUGCUAUCAUAAAAUACGCUUAAGACAUAAUAUUGUGUACUAUUUAGAUACUCUAGUUAGUUUGCUUAUUGCUUAAUUUAAAUUAAUUUAUUCAUAAAACCAAAAGA